CCAGUACGGCCCCUCUCGUGCUAGUAUCCUCCAUAGCCACCGCUACCGCCUCCACCCCGUGUCAUCGGAUAUGUGCCGGCAAAUUUCUGAGGGCACUCGUUGGACAACCUGCGGCCAUUUCCAACGCCACUUGGUGGUCGCCAUCAUGGACUGCAGCAGGUCAAACUGCACAAAAUCGAUACGCCACCCCACAGCUUGCCGCGCACCGACAUGCAUUCAGAACUUCGGCCCAGAGGUCCAGAAAGACAUAGACGCCGUCGACGAGCUCUGCUGGGCAUGCAAGUCUGCCAUAGAGCGUGAGAAGCGACACGCAGCAAACCGGUGAUCUCCGCACAUACCACAUCGAAAUUUACCAACAUGUCUGCCUCCGCCCUCCGGGCUGCGCGGAGGUCCUUGCGCUCGAGCCGUCGGAUCCCGCUUCAUGCAAUCGCAAUUGUCAUGUAUUAUAGAGGACUAUACCCUGAGUAUAAUGAUGCAAUCA